ACCUCUUUUUCGUUCCGCUGUUUCCGCCCGGACCCGCUCCCCGCUCCGUCACUUCCUGUGCUGUGUUUUAAAGCGGCCCGGGCCCAGUCCGCGGCUGAAUAUUUUUGGUUUGAUUUUGGUGAAUCCGCUCGGAUCGGCGCCAUCGGAACCGCAGUCAUGACGGUGGGGAAGAGCUCGAAGAUGCUGCAGCACAUCGACUUCAGGAUGCGUUGUAUUCUUCAGGACGGACGCAUUUUCAUCGGGACGUUUAAAGCUUUCGACAAACACAUGAACCUGAUCCUGUGUGACUGCGACGAGUUCAGGAAGAUCAAACCUAAGAACACGAAGCAGCCGGAGCGAGAGGAGAAGAGAGUUCUGGGUCUGGUUCUGCUCCGAGGAGAAAACCUGGUGUCCAUGACGGUGGAAGGACCUCCUCCUAAAGACACGGGCAUCGCCCGCGUGCCCCUGGCAGGUGUGGCAGGUGGUCCCGGCGUGGGCAGGGCGGCCGGCAGGGGCGUCCCGGCGGGCGCUCCGAUGGCGGCAGCGCCGGCGGGUCUGGCGGGUCCCGUGAGGGGAGUGGGCGGACCCUCGCAGCAGGUCAUGACCCCUCAGGGCAGGGGCACCGUUGCCGUGGCGGCGGCCGGCGCCAGUAUCGCGGGAGCGCCCACGCAGUACCCCCCCGGACGAGGAGCCCCGCCCCCUAUGGGCCGAGGAGCGCCCCCAGGUAUGAUGGGCCCGCCCCCUGGCAUGCGCCCGCCGAUGGGUCCCCCAAUGGGGAUGCCCCCGGGCAGAGGUGCUCCCAUGGGCAUGCCUCCCCCCGGCAUGAGGCCCCCUCCCCCGGGCAUGAGAGGACCCCCUCCCCCCGGGAUGAGACCGCCCCCGCGCCCCUGAUGCCCUCCCACACCCCCGGAGCCUGGGCCUGGUCCUGGUCCUGGUCCUGUUCCUGUUUGUACAGUUUUUUUCUUUUGUACUUUAGUUUUUAAUAAAGUCGUUGACACACUUUG